AUGACCAACCUCCAACAACCCACGUCUGAUUCAGUCAGAUGCGUCUCUUGCAACAAACCCUGUCCGGAUGGCGAAUGGAUGAGACGAUAUUAUCGCGCGUUGAGACCGGAAGUUCAAUGCCCGCUUGCUGAAGCUAUCGCAACUCCAACUAAGGACGGACGAAAUGACGACCUGCAAAUCACCUACCAAAAACCCAAACAACAACAUGGAUCAUCUGCUGCUGGCGAUGUUCCCCUCGAUGACUACCUCUACUGUCACGAAUGCUUCCUUGUAUUGAACUACUUCUUUGAGCACGUCAUGGAGGAACGCUCAAGGGAUCUCAUGGAGAAGAUGCAUGGAUUCGAGACGAGCAAACCCAAGACUUCCAGCAAUGAUGCCCAGGAUGAAGUACCAGCCUGGCUUAAUCAUUAUGACGAAUUCCUCCUUGAUUGGUAUAAGUGUUUCAAGAACAUGGAUACAAUUUAUGGGACAGACAUAUGCAAGAUCAUGCGAUCAGUUGUCGAAACCAACAACUACGAAUGUGUACCACUUAUUAUGUUUGAAUCCCUUGCCAUCCGGACACCUGACUUUCCAGUCAGAGUGAGAGCUCUUACGGAAGCUCGUUUCGUCUGUGUCCUCUGCUGCCGCCGUGCUUUUAAAUCGGACAGGCAGAUCCAAGAACACAAAAAAGACAUGCACAAAGACGCAACACUCAACUACAAAUCUAUUGCCAAACAGGAGCACACACCAACGGUGCGUGAGCCUUCGACAGACCUUUCGCCUAAAGUCUCUAUUAAGCGGAAACAUGAAUCAAUUACCUCUCAUGAAGCCACCUCCGAGGCUACCUGGUAUUGCAGCGUCUGUCAAGAAAUCUUUUCAUCCCAGGACGGAGUCGACGCUCAUAACAUGAGCAAACAUGGAGGGGAAAGUACUUUUGUUGCAAGUCGUGCUAGGUCCACCUUUACCUGUGUUACCUGCAACAGAAAAUUCGAUAACCAACAUGGACUCGACGAUCACACCAGCGAUGGGAGGCAUAUGCAGCCACCACCUCCAGUCGUCCUUAAUUCACAAAUCAAACAAGAUAUGGCAGCCUUCAGGGACGCCAUCAGACAGGAAUACAAACCUCGCGUCAUGCCUGGCAUCCCUAUCAAGCAGGAAUCUGCCACGCACCAAGUUGCCAUACGUGAGACUCCUCGCAGACACAAUAUCACUUGUGAUCCCUGCAAAAGGGUCUUUGGCACACAAGAGGCACUCAUGCAACAUAACAAGGACAAACAUACCAUCAACGGAGUCUUCAGUACAGAAUUCACGGUCCGUGGCCCACCACCUGUUAAACGCAAAAAGGAUUCUCAUCCUAUUGAACAUCGAGGCUUAAAUCCUCCAACAACAUCACCGCCAACUUGUCAAAAGGCAAGCUCUAUGAAUUGGGAAAUCACUCCCAAUGAGACCAAGCAAGAGCGAGUCAACGAGUUCACCAUGGAAUCGCAUUGCCAGCCCUCAAGCAAAGUACCUGAUGUAAUAGAGUAUGGCUCCGACGAUAGCGUUUCUGAGUACACAGAGGAAGACUCAGAGGGAGAACCGGUGGAGACCGCAGAGGAUGAGUCUGAGAGCGAGCCAGACGUCGACAUGGAUUACUACACAUUGUAUGACGUAUUGAAUAAACAUUCAAUAUGGCCCGACUACCCCCAACCUUUCAGCGACACCCCAUGCCUUUUUAGGACCAAAGGUUGCCGCGAAAUCUUCUCUAGAGGCUCGGAGAUGAUAAAGCAUGUUGAAGCAGGGGACUGCAUUGUUAGUCUGAAGGGGGAUUAUUUGGACGUCGUUUUCACCAGCGACAAAAUAGGAAGAGGGGCUCGGCAGCUAUAUGAUCCUGGAUACGACAUGUUCAAGUGUCCGAAUUGCAAAGAAAGCGACGAUGGCCAGUUUUACGGGCUAAGCAGCUUUCUCGAGCAUGCUGAGAGCAACGCAUGUGAUUUGAAGGUUUGCACCGGCCCUCUUGGCAGAGCCCUUGUCGAGCUUCUAGACUAUGCGGAUCGCUACUAG